AUGGUACAGUUAUCACUGAACGGCAUAUUAUCACCCUAUGGAGAACAAGGUGACCCCAGCUAUGACUUCUCAAGCUUAUGCUACCGAUAUGCGCAAUCUGUCAAUAAGUACUCCGGCGAUUUAUCCUACGUGCCACCGGUUCUUCGAUGUCUGCCACCCGAAUUUGCCGCGGAGACGUUUCGGAAUCCGAGCGUGCUUGUUCAACCCUGCCUAAGCGCAGCUGAGGCCUGUCUUCGAAAUAGUCUAAAUCUGGACGCCGGGCCGGAAAACCGACGCACCACCGCAAUCUCACGUCCCAAUGUCCAGAACGGAGAUGUGGUAAUGCACACGGAUGCGCGGACCCACAAAGCGUCCCAGCUGGCUCAUGUAUUGCCCCCCAACUACGCUAGUCUCCUUGCGUUCAAAAGCCUGCUCGUGCAUUUGCCCAACUUGGUACGCAAAGGGAGCAUGCAUCUAGCUCAGUUUACGAACGCCCGUCAGAGUAUCCGGGACUCCACCGAUUGCCCCGCUGCUGAUGCUCCAACUAACAGAACCGCACGCUCUGUGAUGCACUAUUCGCAGAAUGUCACUGAGACUGUUCUCUCACCCAGCUAUUGCCGCUUCUUGUCCGUGGGAUUGUGCAUGCUGUUGUGGCCCGCCCUACUGAGCACAAUUCCUGCACACAGGUUUGUCGAAUCGGGGAAGCGGUGCUGGACGGAGGCACUAUCCGAGUUGCCUCAAGAGAUUCGUGAGUAUAAACCAUUGACUGUAGUUCCGAAAAGACAAAAGCUGGCCACUUCCGACUCCGAAGAUGAACUUCCCGAACUCCACUCCCAAUUGGUUACGCCCCCACCAUCUCCUCCUUCGCCGGAACAGACAGAAAUGGCUUCCACUUCUAACGCGCCCAUCGGCAGCCUAAAGCUGAAAAGAGAACGUAUUAAACGUAGACGGCAAGCUCGUAUUAUCCAGUCUGCCACAAUUGGAUUCAAGUUACCGGUCUCAAAUGGUGAAACUCUUUAUGUGAAAGUUCCAACUGCUGUAAAAACCCUUUACGCCUGUGGUUUCCAGCCGGAGUCCAUGUUGCAUAUUUCCCAGUGAGACGGACUGCAAAUGCAUGAUUAUACCGCUUCACACCUAAUUUUGUACUUCAAUUAUAUCAUAUAUACAGAUGUAUAUAUAUGUAAACGCAUAAUAAGUAA